AUGUAGGGUGCGGCAGAUCUUAAUUAAAAAAGGUGCUUAUCCAUGCACUAGAUAGAUAUUGUCAAACACGAAAUUGUCAAACUUAACAAUUAGGUAUUGUAAUGUGCUGUUUAAAGUAAUUAUCAAAGCCUACCGGCCCUGGGGUGGUCGAUACAAUUAUCGGCGUGGGAGAUUUGGGGUCACCUGAGGGUCAGCCAGGGUUCAUCUGCAGGAGCUCGGCAGAGGUGACAGCUGUCGGGAACAACUUCCUGGUGCCCAGGACAACCAUAAUGGCAGCGGAGGAUUCGGAGUUCAGCGUUAUUGGCUACGCCACCUUCCUUCAUAAGACUCGAGAACUGAGGCUUUACCAGGGAGGGCGUGUCGUCUUGCUGGGUGCUCUGUGCACGGAGAUAAAAGCUAACCAGUCGCCUCGGCUAAAAAAGACUUGCAAGUUGGGUGAAGCCGGUUUCCAAUGGCAGUGCGCAGGCCUCAACAUCCGGCAUGAGCAACAUGGUGAUGACGUCGACACGUACAACAUCAGGUGGAGUAGCACCUCGGAUCCAAACUUCCGGCUGCAGGACCAGUUUGAGAUGGCGGGAGCGCACUGGUACGGCUGUGGCACCGUGCACCAACAGCUCUGGCCCAUCGAGAAAUGGCAAAAGGACAUCUCCCCGUUUGUUUCACCUUUUGGUUACAUGAUUGAGCGUUAUUGGUUAUCCUCGUCGGGCGUGGCAAUAGUGGUUGGUAACGAGGUUCCGUUAUUUGUAGGCAUGAACAGCCAGGGCAAUGGGAAGUUGUCGUUCUUAGCUCAGUUUAAUGAUUCCCCGUACAAUAAUCCUAAAGGGCGCAGGCCGUCUCUGGAGUACACCAUCAUCUCGGGCCCGAGUCCGUUAGUUGUGCAGAAGUUCGUCAUGAAGAAGUUCUUCUCUCUUCCUCGCGGUAUACCCGACGAGCGCAUGUUCCGUUCGCCCGUGUGGUCCACCUGGGCGCGCUACAAGGUCCACGUCAGCCAGGGCAGCGUGCUGGACUACGCCAGGGAGAUUUCUUCCCACGGAUUCAGCAACAGUCAGAUAGAGAUAGACGACGACUUCACUACGAAGUAUGGCGAUCUCACGUUCAACCCAAACAAAUUCCCCGACGCUAAAGGGAUGGUGGACCAGCUGAAGGCUGAUCAUUUUCGUGUCACGUUGUGGGUUCAUCCUUUCUCAAACUUAGACUCGCAGUCUUUCGCUGAAGGUCGUGAGAAGGGGUUCUUCCUGGGUUCUCACGAUGAGGCAGACGGUGGAGUGAAAGCCGUGGAAUGGUGGAACGGAUCGGGAGCGGUCGUCGACGUGACCAAUCCGAAAGCGCGGGAAUGGUAUUGUGGCCGCCUCCGCCACCUGCAGCAAGAAUCUGGAAUCGAUUCCUUCAAAUUUGAUGCUGGAGAGAACCUUUAUCUACCGCCACACCUCUCCGCACACCAACCCAUGCUCAACCCUUCUGACUUCACCACAAAAUACGUUCAGACGGUCGCUUCAUUCGGUGCCAUGGUAGAAGUGCGGGUAGGAUACCGCAACCAAGAUUUGCCCAUCUUCGUCCGUAUGAUGGACAAAGACUCGAACUGGGGUUACGAUAACGGUCUGCGGACCAUCAUCCCCUCCGCGUUGACGCUCGGUAUCCUGGGAUAUCCCUUCAUCCUCCCUGAUAUGAUUGGCGGGAACGCGUACGAAGCAGGCUUCCACGAGACGCGGCUGCCCGACAGGGAGUUGUACCUCCGCUGGGUACAGGUCACUGCAUUCCUGCCGGCUAUGCAGUUUUCCAUCGCUCCAUGGCAAUACGAUGAAGAAGUCGUCCAAAUCUCAAAACGGUAUGUCGACCUACACGAGAACUUCGUGACGCCCCUCAUCCUGAAGUUCGCACUCGAGGCGGUGGAAGACGGCAGUCCGAUCAUACGGCCUCUGUGGUGGCUGGCCCCGAGCGACGAACAGUCACAGAUUGAAGACUCGGAGUUCUUGAUCGGAGACGAGGUUCUUGUGGCACCAAUAUUGGACCAGGGAAGGACCUUCCGUGACGUGUACCUUCCGCCUGGCGGAGCGUGGCAGGAUUGCAGGGACGGUGCCGUCUAUGACGGAGGGCAAUUAUUGAAAGACGUGUCUGUGCCUUUGGGAGAUGUGGCAUACUACACAAAGAAAGGGUAGCAAAAUAGGUUUACACAAAGUUACUGUAAUUAUCAGCCCCAACACCGAGCUCUGAAAGUUUUGAUAAUGACAGUCUACAUGUGCAAACCUUGAUAGGGUAACAUGCCACAUAUCAACAGCUUCUAUCGCUUUGCUUCAUCCUUUUAUUUUAGGCUAGGUUAUAUUUAGAAGUGAAUUCAAUUUUGGCAGACGUAUAGUUGUUUCUAAAAUAAAUUUAGAUCAGGACGGGUUGUGCCGUAAAACAUGUGCUUUCAAGUACUGACAGAACAAUUUAGGAAUCAACUCCGAGACGCAAAACUCGAACCGGUCAACCUAACCAUUCAAAGGAGACAAUUGUUAAGUUAUGGUUAAUUAUAAUCGGAGCUACGGUAUUUUGUUGUCAGCGCCUGACAUUGCCUUUUGACCCACAGUACUUGAAAAAUAGGGACAAAGUUCACGUCCUUCCUAGUUCACCUUUCACCCACUUCUGACGCGGAAAUACCCCGAAUGAACAUACAAUAUCUGAUACUCCUGCUACCUGCUACCAACCGAAGAGUGCUUUGUGAGUAUAGUUACGAUGUAUAUACCGUAUAUGUAUGUACACAUAUCUCUAUAUAUGUAUGCAGAAUAUUUCUUAUAGUUAUUUUAGUCAGCAGGCAAUGGCCUUAAUUCCCCUGUUAUUGUAGACCAGGUGAAAUGAGCGCCGGGAUUAGUGCACUCUUUUACAUGUUUGUUACUUCAGCCCUGUGACACUACCUGUAACAGCUGACUAAAAUUAUAAUUUACAACGGAACCAGUUUAUUGCUGACAACGCUGUCUGCUUGACUUCAUUACGUGGUAAGAUAUUUCGCUUCAUGUUUGGUUGUGAAUCAACGUCGUCGAUUAAUUAGGUAGAACAAGUUUUUAGUAUUUGGACUGUGCGUGUCAAAUGCAUACUUGCUCCACCUGGCUACGAUGACACUAUUAGUUGACUGAGAGCCCGUAUGUGCUUGUAAUUCUAUGAAUACCAAAGGAGGCGGAUGCAUCUUUGAAAAGUCGUAACUGGCUAACCUAUGCAUUACAAAGAGAGCUCCGACCACCUGAUUUUUGUAUUUGCCAUAUUUAUCUAAUCC